UCAAGAAAAGAUUCUUCCCUUCCUAUGACGUUCACAUGGAGUGGAAGUCGCAGCAGUCAUGGCAUCGAUUAUGAGAAAGAUCUUGCUCUCACGCUGUUCGUUGCUGCAUCCUUAGAGGAGCGUACUUUCCGCCUCGCAACGGAGAUGAAUGUGGCCGGAAAGUUUGAUGACGCUGUUCUGAUAUUGGACGAUCGGAAAGAAGUAUGGUUCUUUCAAGCCAAGCAUAGUCAGACAUUGAAUGGCAAAAUUGAAUUUCAAGAGUUUUUUCCUCUGAGUCUUGAUGAGAACACUCAAUUUUCCCUACCAAUGUACAUUCAGUCGUUCCUGAAUGUUUCACAACGAAGUGAGUUUAAAAAUUACAAAAAACGAUUUAUCAUCUACAGUAAUAAAUCAAUUAAUGAAAAUACUAGAGAUAAGCUAGGAGAGCUCGUUGACAUACAAAACUGUGCUCUAAAUGACUCAUUGGAGAAGAAAGUGUUUAUCAGAAGUAGUGAGAAAUUUGAACCAAAAGCAGAGAAAAUACCGGACUUACUGAACAAAAUAACCGAAUUACCUGUUGCCAUAAAGGAUGCUAUUAUUGAGCUUCAGAAGACAGGAACAGUAAAAGGUAUCUUGCGUAAAUACACCACUCCUCUACGAUCCAUAUUGGAAAUAGACGGCACCGUCCGUUUUUCAGAAACAUUUACAGAAAAUGACGAUGAUAUCAAUCAACAAUGGCUAUGGAACGAACUUCAAACAUAUUUUACUAGUAAACGCCUAUCAGACGUGGAAUUUCAUAAAAAGAUUGACAAACGCAUGUUGCAAAAUAAAUCCGGAGAAACAAGUUUUCCACGGUUUAUCAAAGAGUCCGAUUUAAGAAGUUUUUUUGAUUGCCUUGUCAUAUGUACCGAUCAACCUGACAAACUUUUCCGGUUGAGAGACAGUAUUAUAGCAUCGGCUGUAGGGGACUGGAUUCAUGAGAAAGACCGUGGCUUGUUUAGUGAUAGAACCAAAUUCCAUGGCAUAUUUGAAAAGGAAUUUGAUAUUUGGUACAUGGUUACAAACAUGGAUGGAAAUCAGAAACCUUUUUUGAACAGUAACGAAGGAAACAAGUGUGUUCAUAUGGCUAAAGCAGAAGUACGCAGAACUUUACAAAAUUUUACAGAAGCAGAUUUCAGUAGCUAUGUUGAACGUAAGCUUAUUUUGCAAAAUGGUCAGAUACUUACAGAAGGUGGAUUUGUUUCAAUUCUGGAGCAAUCGUCUGGUCGGAAUGAUUAUUAUGUACUGGUAGGUGAACCAGGCGUGGGAAAAACAACUUUCAUGAAAAAACUCGCACAUUCAUUACAAACUGACUUCAACAAACACGUGUAUCUAAUUUGGUUAAGUAGAUUGUUCAAAAAAUACGAAGCAGAAAACGAUAUUCUUACACUUAUCAAAUCCACCAUUUCAAAGUCGAUCCAACGGAUAAUUCAAAGGAGUUUGGAAAGUUGUCCACAACAAUGUUACAUUCUACUUGAUGGUUUCGAUGAGAUUGAUAAUUCGUACCAAGGUUCAGCUAUCAAGCUUGUCAAAGAAGCGUUCUACAAAAAUAAUAUUCGGGUUUUCAUUAGUAGUAGAAAUCAUUUUAAAGAAAUACUCGAGAAAGACUUGCAUGCUAAGGCAUUGAAUCUUGUUCCGUUAGUUGAGGAAGAGCAACUUCUGUUCUUGAAAAACUACUGGGAUAUCAGCUCGGGAAUCAAUGAGAUGGAUUUUGAUCGAUUUCAAAGAUUUGCAAAACACGUGCUUAAGGCUUUACAUGACAACAUUCAUUCUGCUCAUUUCCGCUUUACUGGCAUCCCUUUGAUGAUUCGAAUGCUAGCUGAAGUCUACAACAAAAAAUUUGAGGAAUACUGGAAAUCGUCGAACGCAAAUGUUACCGAAAUAUUAGAUUCAAAAACCAGAUUCAGUGUGUUGCAUUUAUACGAAAACGUCGUUAACAAAUCGUUUAAUAUAUUCGUGAAGAAAAUAAAUAAUGAAGAAGGUUAUGCAACAGUUGAUUCGAAAAUUUUGAAAUUUUUCAAAAACAAUUUGGAAAAAUUCUAUCGUGCGCACGAGUUCAUUGCUAUUAAUCAAAUUAACAUUCCUCAAUUACGAAAUUCAUUAAGCUAUGACGAUUCUGUAACAAUUCUGGAAAACAUGCUACAAAUCCUGGACAAUGGAGAAAAGUCGUUAUUAAUCAAUAUUUCGAACAAGAAUCAGUUAGAGUUCACUCACUUGUCGUUUGCUGAAUAUUUCCAUUCCAAAUUUUUGUAUGAACGUGUGUCAGAAUGUGAAACGAUUCUGUUCGAAGUUUUGAAAAAAUAUGAAGUAGUUCGAACCUUUUUCUUUUCGAUGGUUGAGGAAAAUUGGGAGAAGAGUUCGUUGCAAAUGAACACAAUCAACAGAAUUUGUCACAAUAACCCUGAAAUAAUGUACUUAGCCUGUUCGGGUGGCUACGAAUCUAUUUUGAAAGAGCUCCUGGGCCACCAUCAAGCUAGAGUAUUAUUCUGGUCAUUCAAAAGUAGAACACUCCUGCAUGCGGCUGUUGAGUCAAAGAGAGAAAAUAUACUAAAAUUAAUUCUUUGUGAACAUCGUUUUGGCUAUUGUACUCCUCAUGCAGCAAACAAUAACACAAUGAAUACAUAUGAAACUAAAAUCAACAUAAAUACUCCAGAUUCAUGGGGAGCUUUAGCUAUUCAUAUUGCUGUAUCUGAUCGAAAUAAACCAUUUGUUGAAAUGCUUGCGCAACAUGGUGCCAACAUUAAUGCUCAAGGCUUUGGGGGAGAUACUCCUCUACAUUAUGCUGCCCAAAAGGGUGAUUGGGAAAUGAUCGAAAUGUUAACAAUUAAAUAUGAAGCAAACCUAAAUAUUCGUGGUGAUAAAGGACGAACUGUUCUGCACAUUGCGGCCUCAACAAGCGACUUAAGUAUUGUAAAGAUGAUGAUUGAAAAGUUUUCAUGUGACAUCAAUGUGAAAGAUCAAAGGGGUAAUACUUCGCUUCACUAUGCUGUAAUGCAUAGUACGUGGGAAAUGGUCAAGAUGUUAAUUGAUGAAUAUAAUAUUGACUACAACCUUGCCAACGAAGAUGGGCAAACUCUUAUCCAUUUGGCUGCUCAAAGAGGUAAUAUAGACAUUGUAAAGAUGCUUAUAGAUGACUAUGUGACUGAUGUCAAUAAGCAAGAUAACGAUGGAAAUACUCCUAUCCUUCUUGCUGCCCAUUUGCGUAAGUGGGAAAUGGUCAAUAUGAUGAUAGACAAAUAUUCAGUAGACUACAAAAUUGCCAACAAAUUUGGAAGAAGUCUCAUUCAUUUGAUGGUUGAAUCCCGUAGUAAGGAAAUUGUAAAGACUUUUAUCGAUAACUAUUCCGUUGAUAUCAAUGCACAAGACAACGAUGGGAAUACUCUUCUCCUUUUUGCUGCCAAAUAUGGCAAGUGGGAAAUGGUCAAGAUGCUGAUUGGCAACGAUUUCAAAUAUUCAGACUACAAAAUAUCCAAUAAAAACGGACAAACUCUUAUCCAUUUGGCGGUUAAAGGAGGUAAUAUGGAAAUUGUAAAGAUGCUUGUAGAUGGCUAUGAGGCUGGUGUCAAUGAGCAAGAUAACGAUGGAAAUACUCCUCUACUUCUUUCUGUCGAAUUUCGAAUGUGGGAUAUUGUCAAUAUGUUGAUUGAUCAAUAUUCAGCAGAUUGCAAAACUGCCAAUAAGUAUGGAAAAAGUGUCAUCCAUUUGGUGGCCCAAAUCGGAAAUAAGAAAAUUUUAAAGACUCUUAUAGAUAACUGUUUGGUUGAUAUUAAUGUCCAAGACAACGAUGGAAAUACUCCUCUCCUUCUUGCUGCUAAAUUUCGUAAGUGGGGAAUGGUCAAUAUGUUGAUUGGCAAAUAUUCGGCAGACUACAAAACUGCCAAUAAAUAUGGAAAAAGUCUUAUUCAUUCGGUGGUCCAAUGCGGUAGUAAGGAAAUGUUAAAGAUACUUAUAGAUGACUAUUCGGUUGAUAUCAAUGUGCAAGACAACGAUGGAAAUACUCCUCUCCUUCUUGCUGCCGAAUCAAAUGCGUGGGUUGUGGUCAAUAUUUUGAUUGGCAGAUAUUCAGUAGACUACAAAACUGCCAAUAAAUAUGGAAAAAGUCUUAUUCAUUUGGCAGCCCAAGGUGGUAAGAAGGAAAUUGUAAAAAUGCUUAUGAAUGACCAUGAGGCUAAUGUAAAUACGCAAGAUAACGAUGGAAAUACUCCUCUGUUGCUUGCUGCCGAAUUUCGCAUGUGGGAUAUUGUCAAUAUGCUGAUUGUUGAAUAUUCAGCAGACUGCAAAACUGCUAAUAAGUAUGGAAAAAGUGUCAUCCAUGUGGCGGCCCAAAUCGGAAAUAAGAAAAUUGUAGGAAUGCUUAUGGAAGAUUGUGAGGCUGAAGUCAAUACGCAAGAUAACGAUGGAAAUACCCCUCUACUUCUUGCUGCCGAAUUUCGUAUGUGGGAUAUUGUCAAUAUGUUGAUUGACAAAUAUUCAGCAGAUUUCAAAACUGCAAAUAAAUAUGGAAAAACUCUCAUCCAUUUGGCGGUUCAAAACGGUAAUAAGGAAAUAUUAAAAGUUCUGAUAGACGACCUGUUGUUCGAUGUCAAAGCGCAGGACAAAGAAGGAAAAACACCUCUUCAUUAUGCUGUCGCUAGAUUCCAGUGGAUUUAUCCUGAUGUCUUUGAAGAUAUGCUGAAGAUGCUGUCAGAUGAAUUUGUGGCUGUGCAAGACAAUACCCCGCUUCAUUUUGCUGCCACGCACUUUAAAUGGGAAACGGUUCAAAUGUUUACUAAGAAAUGUACUGCAAACACCAAAAUUUCCAACGUAAGCGGACGAAAAGUCAUCUGUUUUGAGGACGAAGAAGGUAACAAGGAAAUUGUAAAGAUGCUUAUAGAUGACUACGCGGCUUAUGUCAAUGCGCAAGACAACGAUGGAAAUACUCCUCUUCAUCUUGCUGCCAUAAAUAAAAAGUGGGGGAUGGUUGAAAUGUUAAUUGAUAGAUAUAACGCUGACUACAGAAUUGCCAAUAAACAAGGAACAACUCUCAUCCAUUUGGCAGCCGAAACAGAUAACAAGCAAAUUGUAAAGAUGCUUUUUCAUGACGAGGUGGCUGAUGUCAAUAUGCAAGACGAGAAAGGAAAAACUCCACUCUAAUUGGUGUGACAAAGCUCCUGAAUGGUCAAGUAGAUUGUCUGGAAAUACUGGUGCAACUGGACUUGAUUACGACCAGUGAAUCAAAAUUCAACCAUCGCGCAACAAUAAUGACAAUGUCGCAACCUGUAUUUGUUGCGACAAACAAACCCAUGCGACAUAAGUUUGUCCCAACUUGAAAAUAAUAGGAUUAACAUCGUACACCACGAGUUUAGAGAUUUUCAAGCCUUGCAUUGCGAUUUUCGAACGGUAACUUCGAGUCGGUAAACACUGCAGCUCUGGUGAAGCUCUAUCAUCAAACAGUUUCGACUUUGGGUUAGCAAUAAUUGAUUAUUCACGAGUUGAAAAGUACGCAACAAAUUCAGCUUCCGUUUUGUCUGCAACAAAAAAUUUCGAGAUCAUGUCAUUAUCUGUUACCAGUAGGGAUAAUGAGUAAUCGUCGCACCUUCUUUGUUGCUUGUUUUGUGCCUCUUUUGUCUGACAAUUCUCUUCACUGAUUACGACUCAAAUUUGAUUUGGUAAAACGAAAUAUUUUGCAUGAGUCGUUAAUUUAGAUGUUAAUUGACCAAUCUACCUUUUGAUUGCUUAAAAAAUAUUUCCAUGCUUAAUGGCUUGCACUCAAAAAACGCUCAAAAUCGCAUAUUUUGCCCUAUAAAUUGAGGUAUAGCUCAAAACUGUGACGUGCCAGAGCAAAUCGGAUACUGGUUCAGCGGCCCAAAAUCUGUCAGAGACACAUAAGUUUGCUCUUGAGACAAAAAAAAAGUUGCGCUGUGUCAUCGAGCAAACUUAAAUUCCAUUUCUACUACGUUUAAUCACCGCAUGACUUUAUCAUUAUUAACUUCAAUUGGCUUUUUUCGAUGAUAUGGAUACUACUCGAGAAGAAGGGAGUAAGGAAAGCAAUGAAAGAAUACGGUGGAUAUAUACACUGAGGAUACUGUACGUAUGGUUUUCAUAGUUUACAUCUUAUGAAUCAGUUAUUUUUAUUUUUUCAUCAUUUCAUAGUUCUCGUACACUGAGGAUACCGCAACUCCGAAAAUCAUACGAACCAACUAUGAUUUUUUGCCAUAAGAAUUUCUUGCGAAAAUCAUAGUUACAAACUAUGAUUUUGGAUUCAAAGCGCCAACUAUUAUUGUCAUACUGUUACUGUAUGUAUUUCAUAGCUCUCAUGUAUGAAAAUCAUACCGAUAACGUAUAAAAAUUGAAAUUAUGUCUUAUGACUAUCAUACAUAUUUUUAUGAAAUAUUCCGCAUAAACUAAAAAAAAUCGCAACCUGGAAUCGAACCAGGAACGCUAAGAUUAGAGAGCGCGUGCUUUACUCAUGCGACCAUCGACACUUCGAAAGCUGCAGUGGUUAGAAGCCAACAAAAGGUUUUGUUGUUUUUUGGCAAUGGCAUUUCAUAAUACAUCUUAUGAUUUUCAUACGAAACUUCUUAUGAUGUUUUUCAUACGACAAGUCUUAUGAAUUUCGCUGCUCAGUGUAUGAAAAGCAUACGAGAACUAUGAAAUGAUGAAAAAAAUAAAAAUAACUGAUUCAUAAGAUGUAAACUAUGAAAACCAUACGUACAGUAUCCUCAGUGUGUAUAAUUGGAAUAUUGACAUUUUCUCAAACCAACUUCCGUCUUUUUACAUUAUUGCCUUAGAUAAAAAAAUAGAAACUUUUAUCACGCGAUUUCAAGUAAUUCAGUUCUAAUUGUGUUUACAAUUAUAUGUGGUAAUUAGCAUGGGACAGUAAGAAGACAGGAGUGAAGUACAUUUUAUGAAUUCCAGGCCCCAUACCAACUUUAUAAAAUUUCAGCUCAAACGGAGAAACUAUAUUUUAGCGCCAGCCGUUUUAAGUUUUCAUUCGAUUUACUAUGAGGAAUAUCACUUUAUCAAAGAAAAAUCGUCACAAGUUCCCCCUAAGCCCCUACGAAUAAUUCGAUAAAUGAUAUCUGUUGAAACUUCUACAAGUAACCAACCCACCGAAGACCGCAAACCGAUCAAAGACAUGUGGAAAAAGUUAUUGACUAAAAACCGAAUGGCAUGGCAACGCUGUUUAACAUGUAAGGAAUAACAAAAAAAUAAUAAAAACUCAUAAAUUUAUCGAUCGGAUAAGGCUCAAAAACUUUAUCCACAAACGUCACAUCGCUUUGCGGUCUUUUUCUUCGAAUAAGUAAAUUUUCCCCACACUAAAUCGUAUAAAAAUUUCAAAAAUGGCUGGAGCUAAAAUAUAUUGUUUUUGAUCGAGCUAAAAUUUUGCAUAGUUGAUAUGGGGGAAAAUGGAACUAAAAAAGUAUUCAGGAACGAGAGUUUUCCCAUUUUUUAUUGUGUCCCAUAUAACCGUGUCCCAGACUAGUGGUUAUAUAGUUAGGAUCAGGAUAAUAAGAUGUAACGUACUUUUUUCACCAUUUUAUAAUGUAUGUCAAUAAACAUGUAUUCAUGAUAAA